UACAUGGUAACACGAAUCACAGUGAAUAAAGUAAUGACAGAAAAGAAGAGCGUGUGAAGAAGGUCAACGCGAGAAUAAUAGCAAGUCAUUGAAGUUCUCGUCACGGUGGGGUUCCCAACGAAGUUACAUCGAAAUCAACACGACCUUCAUUCACACCCUUUCGCAACCUCUCUUCACUCUUCAUCUUCUUCUUCUUCGUCUUCUUCAGAUUCAGAUCGCAGAGAAACACACUCCAAUAAGAUAAUCACUGCAGAGAGAAAGAAGAGAGAGAAAUUAUGGAAGGUGAAUUUUGCGAGUGCAGACCAUUGGGUUUCGUGAUUGGGUUACCCUUCGCUCUGCUUUCAUUGGUUUUUUGUCCUGUAGGUGCUAUCAUCUGGCUUCUUGGGUCAAUAAUGAGUUGUUUGUGUCCAUGUUGGAAGGGUUGUGGAGAAUUGAGCAAUGUGGGUGUGAGUCUUGUAAAAUUUCCAAUUAGGGUUCUUAGAUGGUUCAUAGAAAAGAUUCCUUGUUGAUGAUGGGAUAUAAAUACAUUUCUUUUCUUAGUAAUUAUUAUUAUUAUUAUUUACUAUUUUGGAGUUCUUCACCUUUUUCCGGGACCAGCUUUGUUUAUGAUUCAAGUUUGCAUAAAUGAUUUAUUAUAUUUGUCUCAUUCUUUAGAGUGAUGUUAGUGAUAUUUGUUAACAUUCUAUUUCUACCUACUCC